AUGUCCAAUUUCACUGCUUUAAAUCUAAGUGACGAUGAAGGCAAUUCAGAUAUUGAGGAGCACACCAAAGAGAUUCAGAUUGAAGAGGCCUAUAAAAUAUUCCAAAUUGCUUUAAACCAUCAAAAGACAAAAAACUAUGAUGAUGCCUUAAAACAGUACAAAAUCCUAUUCGAUUUUGAUGUAAUUUCUCAGAACAAUCAUUAUUUUAUAUCACCAAACAUAUCAAAUUUAAGAUAUUUGGUUCACAGAAAUAAAGGUAUACUUAAUUUUCAGAUUUUAAAAGAGGAAUUGAACAAAGUUUCCUCAGAAAAUGUUCAAACAGGAACAGAUAUAUCUUUUCAACCCUACAAUUUUGGAUUAAAAUCUCAACACAUUCAAUCGAUAAGGACUGCCAAUUUAAAUGCCAAUUCGGAGAAAAAUUUCAAAUUUAUUGAGAAAAAAAUCUUUAAUAAAUCAGAGUUUCUCCUAAGCAAAUUAAAAAGCAUUUUAUAUCAUCUUUUAGAAGCUUUGAAAUACUCUUCCUCUGAUGAAGAUGAUGAUAAUUUAACUCAAUUAUUAUUUCAAAUUUUUACAUUUUUUGGAAUUCAAAGAGCUUCAAGACUAUUAAUUGAGAAUCAACUAAAUGACUACGGAAUUAAUCGAAUAAAUUUACAAUUUAACAAUUUAAUCAAAGAUUAUAAACUAUUACUAAACGAUUUCACUGACCCUAAAUUGAAUACUUUAAAAUUAAAGAAAUACAGUAGAUCUAAGUUUCUGAAACAGUUUCACAAGUUAAACAAAAGAUUGGAUAUUAAAUUUAGUUUUCUAAGUGAUUUAAAAAAUAAAUUUAAUAAAAGUAAAGCCCUCAAUCCCCUUAAAAAAGAAAAAACUAUCUAUUUAAAGUCUUUUUCUUGGCUAGAUUUAAUUGAAGGUAUUGAAACUGCAUACUCACUGGAAACUGAUCAUACAAGUGAUAGCGAAAUUGAUUAUCACAAAACUUUGAAUGCAAAACAAAAACCCAAAAUAGUUCAUCGCUACUAUAAUUAUAAUUAUGGCCAGGAAGUAUUUUACAAUUUGGAUCCUUAUUUAUUUGAUAACAAAAAUAUAGAGUUCCCUUUUUGGGAUAAAACUAAAUUUAUCGAACAAUUUAUGAAAAAUGAUUUUGAUAAAGAUUCAUCAGAAAUUCAGUUAUUAAGCUCCAGCAUGGAUUCCGAUCAAGAUAAUAGUAUUCUUAUUAUAUCUGACAGAGAAGUAGAACCUUUAAAACAUUUUAAAAACCGUGGUAUUUUACUAGAUAAUUUGCUGAAUUUUCAAAACAUUAAUCAUAAUAAAAAGAAUGUCAAUAUUAACACCACCAAUAAUAAUGAUAAUUCUAAAUACAGUGAUAAUAAUAAUAACAACAAUAACAAUAACAAUAACAAUAAUCAAACUCAUGGCUCUUCAAAAACAAGAAGAGGCUCACUCACAAGUGAGAAUCUUCCUCAAAGAACAUCAAAAAGGUUUAGAGCACAAAAAGAAGAUGUCAAAAAUGAUUUGACUGACAACGAUUUUGAGCCACAUUUUGAGUUUCUCAGAAAAUUCGAAUAUUGCAUGAAGCGUAUAAACAUAUCAUUUGAAAAAGGUAAUAUUAAGAACGAUCAAAAUAAAAAUUUCCUAAGAUUAAAAGGUUCACCUUUAGACUCAAAUUCAAAUUUAAGCUCAAAUUCAAAUUCCGAUUUUGAAUCACAAUUUAAAACAAAGAACGACAUAAGAGAUUUAAAAUUUAAAGAUAUAGUUGAAAUAUAUUUAGAAGACGAAAAGUCGACAUUGAAAAAUACAGAAAAUUUUGAUGAUCUUAAUACCGAAAUAUCUAUUGUUUUGCUUAGUUCGAAAAAAAUUAUUUGUGUUAUAAACAAAUGUCUAAAAUCAUGGAAUAAAAAUUAUUCUAGAUUCCUUAAUAGAGCUGUCAAUACUCUCAACGCCAACUCAAAAAGUAAUUUUCAAAAACUAUUUAAAAGUUCUACAAAAGUUUUACUAAGCGACAUAUUAGAUUAUUAUACAAAUCCAAAUAACCAAGAUAAUAGUUUAAAGACUGCGUGCAUCGAAAAUCAACAAAUGGUUAAUGAAUCUAAUAAAAUUAUAACCGAUCUUGUUAAUGGCUUUAUUAAUGGUGAUAUGAAUUCGAAUUUGUAUGUUUUAAGAUUUUCAAUUUUAAGGAAAAUACUCAGUUGCUCAUAUAAAACAGAUAAAAAAGUGUUUUUUCUCAUUACAAAUUUAAAUUUUUCUGAAAAAAAAGCACUGAAUAGUUUUUUGAUUACAUCUCAUCUUCAAAAAUACAUUGAUUUUUAUGAGAACUUUAUUUACAACUCAAUCCACGAUGAUUUUUUGUCUUGUAUUUCCUCAGCUGAUAGAACAAAAGAAUCUUGCAAAUCAUCUUUUUAUGAACUCCUUUCAAUAUCGAUUGCUAUUUUUGAAAACUUGGUCGAUCAAUUUAUUGAUGUUUCUAAAAGCAUAUUUCAGACGCUAAAAAAAACAAAUAUUCUUAAAACAUCAAAUAGUUCGUUUUCUUGUCUGGUAACUGAUCUUGAAAAAAAAAGAUCGUUUUUGGACAGCAGAAUAAAUAAGUGGAUUGAAAUUUCUUCUAAGUUAUUUUUUAUUUAUGAAAUAGAAGAUAAUAGGGAUAUAAAUUAUGUCAUAUUGUUUAUUAGAUUCAAAUGGGCAAAUUUCAAUUUUAGACUUGAUUAUAUGAAUGAUGAACUAUCCAAAAAGUCUACAGAAGAAGUUCAUGAGGUUUUAGAAGAAAGUGGUGAUAUCAAGUUUUGCCAAAAUACUUAUUUGAAGAACCUUUUAAUAAAUAUAAAAGAAAAAAUAUUGAAAAAUGAAUUGGAUUAUAUUAACAUACCUUAUAUCAAUUAUAAACAUUUUCAGCCUCUCACUCUAGAUGCUAUUGAUAUGCAAUUGUCAAAAAUAACUGUUUUAACCAGCUUCACAAAGCUAUUUAAUUUUCAAAUUCAAGAUUCUUUGGAUGAUGUUAUUAAUAUUUCUGAAUUUAUUUUGGAAGAUAAACCGACAAAUGCCGAUUUAUUUUCUUCAGAAGAAUAUACGCUGAUUCUUUAUUUUAUAAAAAAAUGUCCAUUAGACAUAAAAUUGAAGUUUUGGCAGUUAAUUUUUGAAUUUCAUUUCUUAAAAAUUAAAGAAAAUAGAAAAAUAGAAAAUUUUGAUAAUGCAUCUCAUUCAAAAUCUUUGGAAACUCACUUCUUAUCAAUUAUAACUUUAAUAAUGGAUUAUUUAAAUUCAAAAGAAUUUUAUAAUUUGUCAUUUGAGAACAAGGCAAUAGUUUUAUUAAAACUUUUGUGUCAUUAUAGCUAUUUUUGUGACUUGUUUACUACAUAUUUAAAAGAAAAUUCAUGGAAUAUUAUUUCUGAAUUAGUGAUAAAUAAUAUUUUUAAAUAUGUUCUUUUAUUUAUCAGAUUUUUGCUUAUUUUUCUUUUUCAUGAAACAGCAUCCUUAGUGAUGCCCGAGAAGGUUCAAAUUGAUUCUAAUUUUAAAUUAUCUUCUAAUAGGUUUUAUGACAUGAUUUUAAAUUCAUUUACAAUUCUUUAUCUUUGCUAUAGGAACAUAAUUGAAGUUAGUUGCAAAUCGAAAGCUAACAAAGAAACUUAUUAUAAAAAUGCUGUGAGCUUGUUAAAUAUUAUUCAUGAUUAUGUUGGCUUUAAUUAUUUUUGUGGUUCAUCUGGUGGUAAAUUUUUGGAAAUGGUUCAAGAUAUGUUAAUUCGGGAUUCAUGCUAUAACACCAAUAUGGAAAGCAAUAUAUUUCAGCUUUUACAUUGUCGAUUUCAUUUGGAUUUAGGAAAAGAGUAUUUUUCUCCUGCAAAUCAUCAUACUUUGGAAACAGAAAUUGACAGAAGUUCCGCUCUUAACUUGAACAAAUAUGUUUUGAGAAUUGCUUUCCAAAAAAAGGAUCCCUAUUUUAAUGUUCCAAGGAAUGAUCUUAAAAAUGUUAUUGAUGAAUUUUAUAAGGUUAUUAAAGAUCCUCCUGACACAGAUGAGGUGGUUGCUAGAGCUAGUUCUUUAGUCAGUACCUAUCUUGAUAGUUCGAUUAGUGCAAGGCUCAUAAGAGAGUCAUUUUAUGGAUUAUCUAAAACUUGUUUGCCAAUUACCAGUUGCGAUGUUCAAACCUGUGCUGAUAAUGGUUUAUAUUAUGUACAAGGUGUAAUUGCAUUGGCUUUAUUCAAAAUAAGAAAAAGAUCGCAACAAGGGAGAUCGGCCGAGUUGGAUAUUGUUAUCAAAAUGUUUAUGGCUGAUUUAGGGUGUGGAACAAAUAGAAUUGAAAGCUGGUUGUUGCUUGGGCAGUCUUAUGGCUACUUAGUUGAAGAUGAUUUGAUUUGGACUUCUGACAAGUUAAACAGCGACAGAAAAAAUUUUACCGCUAUUCUUCAAAAAAAAUCACUAUUAUGCUAUUUAAAAGCUAUAAGUAUGUUUAUUAAUAUGAGUGAAGAGCAAAGAAAAAGUCGUAAAGCAAUGAUUACAGUAUUGUGGUCGUCUUUUGCAAAGGAAUUGUAUAAUGCUUGCAUGCAACCAAUGGAUAGGUUAUGUUUUAGAAUCACAACUCUUCCUAAAUUUAUGGUUGGACCAAAUGGCUUUUACGAAACACAUUAUGAAAGGCCUGUUAAUUAUAUCACAAUUUUGAAAGUAAUUUUAUUUUCUUUUCAGUGGGCAACAAAACUCGAUCCUUUAAAUUGGGGAAACUUUUUUUUUUUAUCGAAAGUUCAGUUUAAAUUGGAAGAAGAUCUUGCUCAAGUUUUGAAUAAUCUAAUAACCUCUUGUGAACUAUCAAAUAAAAGUGGCUCAUCUUCUGAGCCUAUUAUUGAACCACAUUAUAGAUUAUGCUCUUUAUUAUUCAAGUUAGUGAAGAAAAAGAGACUUUCCAUAAAAAAUGCUAUUUAUUAUUUUAAAAAGGAUAACAAAUUUUUGUUAAUGGACUUUACAGAUGAAAUAACCAAUUUCGAACAGUUUUCAAAUUUUUGCAUAAUGGCUUUGCAAAGAGUGAUAUCAGCCGAUAAGAAAAAAUGGCAUCACAAGCCUAGGUUCAAAAUUGCAAAAAUAAUGUUUGAAGUUUUUAAUGAUGAUUUCAAGGCCAAAGAAGAAAUGUUGCAUCUUAUAUCAUUAAAGCAAACCUCCAAAAAUCUUGUUCCUAUUUGGAAACCAGAGAAUGAAAGACCCGGGAAACAUUUUGUUUAUGUGUAUAAAUAUAUUGAUUUUUUUAUAAAAUUAUUGAUGAGGACAAAUGAUAUGUUUACAUUAUUUGAUUUAUUGAAGAAACUUCGUCGUUUUGGUUCAAGUAUGGUCAAACAAUUACAAGUUUGGGAGUAUGCGUGUAGUGUUACAUGCCAGUUAAUUAGAAAAAGAGCUAGCAUUCCAGGGGAUUAUACUGAUAGAGAGGUUUCAAAUUUGAUUUAUAGCGAGUUUAUUAAAGAGGCCAGUGAUUUCAAUGAUUUCUUGGAGAUAAAUAAAGAAAAAGAAGUUAAAAACAAUGCAUUGUUAUAUUUUAUGCUUUUUGAAAUAUCAAAUAUUAGGAGAAUGAACAAUGGAUUUGCAACAACUUCAUUUAUUGAUGAUACAUUCAUUUCUAUAUAUUUAAAACUUUUUUUAAAUUUUAAAAGUCAAAAGAAAAUGGAAGGCAAUUAUGGAACUAAUGAGAAUAUUAAUAUGAAUAUGAUGAUUUCUGAGGGUGUUGCUGGGGUUGGCGGAGUUGGAAUGGCCCAAUUACAUAUUAAAUCUAGGGUAGCAAAAAGGGAUAUUGUUCCUAGAGCAUUAAUUGUAUUAAAAAUUAUAGAUGGAGAGAUUUCUGGUAUUAUUAAAUCCGGAGUACUAUUUGAAAAAGAUUUGAAAACUCCAAACUUAAAUGAACAUAAUGACAAGAAAGAAAGUAUUAAAAUGCAAAACAAAAAAGAUAUUACGGAUGAGAAUGACAAAAAUGAAGAAAUAGAAGAAAUAGGAGAAUUCAUUGAAAUUGACGAUGAGGAUAGUGGUGAUAAUGAUGAUGGUAACGAUGAAAAUAGUGCAGAUUUUACUGAUAUUAAUGCUGAUAUUAAUGCUGAUAUUAAUGCUGAUAAUGUUAUUGAAAUUGAUAUUGAAAACGAGGAUGAUAAUGAUAGUGCUGAUGAUAGUGAUAAAUAUGACGAUGUUGAAAAUAGUGAUGAUAAUGAUAAUGACGUUAAUGUCAUUGAAAAUAAUGAUGAUAUUUAUAAUAAAAAUGAAAAUGAAAAUGAAAAUGGUCAGAGAACUGGUAAAGAAAACCGGAAUAAAGAUAGUGAUGAAAUUGAAGACAAAAGGAAAACUAGUUUGGGAAAUAAUAUAGAAACUAAGAAUAAUACUGAAAAAAUGAAUAAGAAUUUUAUUAGAAAUGUUGAAAUUGAUAAAAAAGAGAAAGAUAAAAAAAAAGAGCAAUACGAAGAUAAAAAGGAAGAAAAGGAAGAAAAGGAAGAAAAGGAAGAAAAGGAAGAAAAGGAACGAGAAGCAAAAAAAAUAAUAGAAAAAGCUUCAGAGAGAAAAAAUAUCGAGCUUAUAAACAUUGAAUCUACAGAUAAUGAUAUAUCACUGAGUUCAAUUGAGGUUUUGCAAAUUAAUGAUAAUAAUGAUGAUCAGAUAGAUGAUGAAAGUGAUGAUGAAAGCGAUAAUGAGAUUGAUGAUAAAAGUGAUGAUGAAAGUGAUGACGAUGAUGACAGUGAUGUUGAAGAGCAAGAAAAUGUUGUUUUUGAAUCCAAACAAAUUAACGAUAUAUCUAAAAAUAAUGAAAAUAAAAAUGGAAAAGAAGGUGGUCAAGAUGAUGUUAAAUUUCUUCAAGAGAAAACAUUGAGACGUAAGACGAACUCAUUAAAUCUGAAAGUUGAUGACUCAUAUAAAAAAAUGUUAUUGAAGCCUAAAUCAGCCUACGAGGUUCUUCAAGAAUUGAAACAAAGCACUGUUAGAGGAACAAGCAGCAGUCUUCCAUUAAAUAGACCAUCCAGAAGCCGAAGAUACCUGAGUCUAGCAAAAGUUCAACAGUUGCAAUUUGAAUCUGCCAGCAGUAACAAUCAUGCCAACAGUAAUAUAGAAAAUAAAGAAAAGAAACGAAGACACUCUUACACAAGCGCAAGUGCAAACAAAAGCAUCAACAAAAACCAAAUUGGUUCAACCAAAUUGCACUCACCUCUCAAUAAAGCUCCUGGUGGGGAAAAUGAUGGUGGCAGGGAAAAUGAUGGUGGCAGGGAAAGUGGUACUGAUGCUGAGAAUAGCAAGCAAGACAACAAUGAGAGAACACUUGUUGCUGGAGAGAUGGCACUGAUACAAAAACGCAGGAAAAGAAGCAGACCAAACAAUCGAUAA